AUGAGCCGCCCUUUAUCCACCCUGUCCAAGUUCCCAUAUCCCACUCCGCAGGAAGAGACUGAGUAUCUCAACUCACAGAUCGAGGAGAUCGAGAAAUGGUGGGCUACCCCCAGAUAUAAGGACAUCUGUCGUCCUUACGACGCUCGUAAAGUCGCUAUUCACCGAGGAACUCUUCCUAUUCAGUACCCUUCGUCGGUUCAGGCCGAAAAACUGUUUAAUUUGUUCACGGAAAGAGCUAGAGAAGGAAAGCCUGUACAUACAAUUGGAUCAGUAGAUCCUGUUCAAAUGACCCAGUCGGCUGCUAAUCAGGAAGUUUUAUAUGUUUCGGGCUGGGCCUGUUCAUCAUUAUUGACUACUACUCACGAGGUGUCGCCAGAUUUUGGUGAUUAUCCUUAUGACACGGUUCCUAACCAGGUGGAACGACUGUUCCGAGCUCAGCAAUUACAUGAUAAGAAGGCCUGGCACGAGUGGAUUGGUCUCAGUGCUGAACAGAAAGAGGCCCGUAUUGCCGCUGGUAAGGGCCGUAUAGAUUACUUACGUCCUAUCAUUGCUGAUGGUGAUACAGGCCACGGUGGAACUGGGUCGGUCAUGAAACUGGCUAAACUUUUUGCUGAGAGAGGAGCUGCUGCUGUUCAUCUGGAGGAUCAAAUGCACGGUGGUAAAAAGUGUGGUCAUUUGGCUGGUAAGAUUAUUGUACCCACCUCGACACAUAUUUCCAGACUGAUUGCCACUAGAAUGCAAUGGGAUAUCAUGGGUACUUCGAACUUGGUAAUUGCUCGUACCGACUCGGAGUCGUCUACUUUAUUGAGCAGUGCAGUUGAUCCAUCCGACCAUGAAUUCAUUCUCGGAGUCACUGAACCUAUUAUUCCUCUGGCUGAAGCUAUUCGUGAUGCUGAACAGUCUGGAAAGACUGGUUCUGAAGUGGAUGCUGUUGAGAUUUCCUGGACCAAGAGCGUCAAAUUAGUGACUUUUGACGAGGCAGUGACCGCCGAGCUGACUAAAGUGGGUAAAUCUGAUAAGAUUGAGAGUUAUCUCGAGCAAGCCAAGGGUAAAUCCAACUUCAAAGCCCGACAAAUUGCUCGUGACAUUGUUGGCCACGAAGUGUUUUUCGACUGGGACGCUCCUAAGACCCGUGAAGGUUACUACGCAGUGAAGUCUGGUAUGGACCCCGCUAUCAAGCGAUCCCUUGCAUUUGCACCAUACGCCGACCUUCUCUGGUUGGAGACCAAGACACCCAAUCUCGAGCAAGCCAAGUCUUUUGCCGCCAAAAUCCACGAAAAGUUCCCUGGAAAGUGGCUUGUGUACAACCUAUCGCCCAGUUUCAACUGGAGCGCACAGGGAUUCACCGACAAGGACUUGAAAGAGUUUGUAUUCGAACUUGGCAAAGCCGGAUUUGUUCUUCAACUGAUUUCACUCGCUGGUCUGCACACCAACGCCCUAGCCACCUGGCAACUCUCACAAGCAUUCAAAACCGACGGCAUGAAAGCAUACGUGGACCUCGUACAAUCCAAAGAAAAAGAGUCUGGCUGCGACGUCCUGACCCACCAGAAAUGGUCCGGCGCCGACUACGCCGAAAGCAUCCAAACCUCUGUCGUCAGCGGCUCCUCCAGCACCUCCAGCACUGGCGAGGGCUCCACCGAAAGCCAGUUCUCUUAA